CACAUCUUUGUCAGUGAACAAAAUGGCGACGUAUUGUCUUACUGCAACCCGGCUUCAGCUUGCCCUGGGACAGGGGGCUCGCCGGCUGCAUGUGGCAGCAGCCCUCCGCGUCAAAGCCAAGGUAGCCGUCAGCCGCUUUGAGCCGACCGCCUAUGUCAACUAUGAGAAGCUGCGCUCCAGCAUUGACACGGUACACAAAAGGCUGAACCGGCCGCUCACACUGUCUGAGAAGAUCGUCUACGGGCACCUGGAUGACCCGGCGGGGCAGGAGAUCACGCGCGGGCGCACCUACCUGCGACUGAGGCCGGACCGCGUGGCCAUGCAGGACGCCACCGCCCAGAUGGCCAUGCUGCAGUUCAUCAGCAGCGGACUGCCGCGCGUGGCCGUGCCCUCUACCAUCCACUGCGACCACCUGAUCGAGGCCAAGGAUGGUGGAGCCCAGGACCUACAGAGGGCCAAGGACGUGAAUCAGGAGGUCUACAGCUUCCUGGCCACUGCUGCAGCCAAGUAUGGAGUAGGCUUCUGGAAACCUGGUUCCGGAAUCAUCCAUCAGAUAAUCCUGGAGAACUACGCGUACCCUGGGGUGAUGCUAAUUGGCACAGACUCGCACACCCCCAACGGAGGAGGCCUGGGAGGAAUCUGCAUCGGCGUGGGGGGGGCCGAUGCCGUCGACGUCAUGGCUGACAUCCCCUGGGAGCUGAAGUGCCCCAAUGUGAUUGGUGUGAAGCUGACCGGCUCCCUGUCUGGCUGGACGUCCCCGAAGGACGUCAUCCUGAAGGUGGCCGGGAUCUUGACGGUGAAGGGGGGUACGGGGGCCAUCGUGGAGUACCAUGGCCCGGGUGUGGAGUCCAUCUCCUGCACGGGAAUGGCCACCAUUUGCAACAUGGGGGCUGAGAUCGGGGCCACCACAUCGGUGUUCCCCUACAACCACCGCAUGAAGAGCUACCUGGAGAAGACAGGCCGCGCGGAUAUCGCCGCGGCGGCGAACGAAAACAAAGAUAUCCUGGUGCCUGACGCCGGAUGCGAAUAUGACCAGCUCAUCGAGAUCAACCUCAGUGAGCUGAAGCCCCACAUCAAUGGUCCCUUCACACCUGACCUGGCUCACCCAGUGGCAGAGAUCGGGGCAGUGGCUGAGAAAAGCGGCUGGCCCCUGGAUGUCAAAGUCGGCCUGAUUGGCAGCUGCACGAACUCCAGCUAUGAGGACAUGGGCCGCGCUGCCUCGCUGGCUAAGCAGGCCCUGGACCGCGGGCUCAAGUGCAAGGCCCAGUUCACGGUGUCGCCGGGCUCCGAGCAGAUCCGCGCCACCAUCGAGAGGGACGGCUACGCUCAGAUCCUGAGGGACGUGGGGGGCGUGGUCAUGGCCAAUGCCUGCGGCCCUUGCAUCGGCCAGUGGGCAAGGGGUGACGUCAGUAAGGGUGAGAAGAACACCAUCGUCACGUCCUUCAACAGGAACUUCACAGCCAGGAACGACGCCAACCCGGCCACUCACGCCUUUGUCACCUCCCCAGAGAUCGUCACGGCCCUUUCCAUUGCCGGCAGCCUGAAAUUCAACCCAGAGAAGGACUUCCUGACGGCGGCCAACGGGGAGAAGUUCAAACUGCAGCCGCCGUCAGGGGACGAGCUGCCGGCGCGCGACUUCGACCCGGGACAGGACACCUACCAGCACCCGCCGGAGGAGGGCGGCUCUGUGCGUGUGGACGUCAACCCGCAGAGCAACCGGCUGCAGCUGCUGGAGCCCUUCGAUAAGUGGGACAGCGGCGACCUGGAGGACAUGCGGGUGCUCAUCAAGGUGAAAGGCAAAUGCACCACCGACCACAUCAGUGCCGCCGGACCCUGGCUCAAGUUCCGCGGCCACCUGGACAACAUCUCCAACAACCUGCUGAUCGGCGCCGUCAACAUCGAGAACGACGCCGUCAACAAGGUCCGCAACCAGCUGACGGGGGAGCACGGCGGGGUGCCCGAUGUGGCCCGCCACUACAAGGUAAGCCAGCUGGGGGGGGGGGGGGGGGCUUCACAAGAGCCUCUGAGGGAUCAUUAGACCCAGGGCUCCUGUCAGCCAGCUGUGAAUUUAUGCCUCUUGCAUAUGACUGGAGCAUCAGUGCAGUCAUUAGCCAGCCUGAGGGUGCAGCAGACACCCUGGUUCAUCUGGGGGGGGGGUCGUGCUGGCAGUGUCACUGGGGAGAG